AUGUCUAUAAGAUCUAAUUCGAUAGAAUCAGUUUCAAACAAGGAAGGCUCUGAUUCGGGGAUAAUAAGUGCUUCUUCAUCAAAUAACAAUAUAACUUCAAGUAAGAUUUCAAAUUCGUGCCCUAGUCCUAGCUCUAUUUCUAACAAUACUGCGAACUCAUCUGAUAAUGUUAGUGAUAUACGUAAUUCUACUUUCAAUGAUACUUCUAACCCUCUUUUGAACAACCAUAUCCCUUCUAAUACAAAUUCCGAAUCUUAUAAUAAUAACAAUAAGCCUAGUUCCAAUGAGCAUAAUAUUGACAUAAUCGAAAACCAUACUGCCUCUAAUACUACUACUCCUGCUAAUACCACUACCACCACUGCUACUACUGCUACUAUCAUUACUGCUGCUACUACUGCUAAUAAUAAUAAUAAUAAUAUUGAUAAUAAUGAUAAUGAUAAUAAUAAUAAUAGUAAUAAUAGUAGUAAUAAUAAUAAUAAUACUGCUAAAAAUGAUAAUACUAAGGAGGAAAAUUCUAAAUCUAAUAGUGUUUCUAUCUCCAACCCCAAUUCUAAAGAUGGCAUAACUGUAGAAUCUAAUUCUAACCUUAUCCCUAAGCUAACUGACAUAACUAACCCUAGUGAUACUCCCACAUCUACUUGUAAUGGCUGUAUUAUUCCACGCUCUAAAGAUAAUGUUCAUUUUGUUACUGAUGAUAAAUCUGGUACAAAUUUCAAUUCUAAUGGUAAUGUUGACACUAAUUCUAAUUCUAAUACUAAUUCUGCCGAUAAGAUCGAAUCAAAUUCUAAUUAUAACUCCAGUGAAAAAGUUGACUCAAAUCAUCAAAUCGAAUGCUACACUAAUCUGAACUCUGAUACAAAUGCUAAUUCUGCUUUUCACUCUGACUCUAACUCUAACUCUAACGCUAAUAUUAAUUGUAAUUAUAAUUGUAAUUCUAACCCUAAAACUAAUGAAAAUUAUGAUGAUACCUAUCCUUCUAAUUCUAAUGGUAACGAUUCCUUUAAUUCUAAUUCUAAUUCUAAUUCCAACUCUAAUGAAGACUCUAAUUGUGAUGAUAUUACUUCGUCUCAUUUUCAUGACUUUUUAAAUCCCAUCUCCAAUCGUGCUACUGAUUCUAAUUCUUAUAUGGAUACUAAUAUAUAUACAACAGCCAGCUACCCAAAUAAUGAUACAAAUAUAGAUAUGAACAUGAAUUUAAAUAUUCAUGCCUCAGUUCCAUUCCCAUCGAUUACAGGGCCUUCUACUUCUUUCAAAUAUUUGAAAGAAGAAUCAAAUUUGAAAAAAACAGCGGCGAUAAAUCAAGAUGGAGAAGGAUUAGAACGGUUAAAUGCAUAUAUAUAUGAUUUUUUAGUUAAGUCUAAUCUUAAAAAAACCGCCAUAGAAUUUGCCAAAGAAUGCGAUAUCAACGAUAAAGGAAAUAAGCCUUCAAUAAAUGAUACCGACGCAGACCCAAACCAAGCUAUUAAUAUUUCUUUUGACCCUAAUAACAAUAAUAUGUUUGAAUCAAACACCGAAAAAUUAUUAACGAAAAAUACUAAAUCAAAUUCAACUUCUACUAUCAGCCCUAUCGCUAAUUUUAACGAUCGAGAUAAUAAGAAAAUAAAUAUUAAUGAAAAUAAUUACCUUUCUCCAAAUUUUGACUCAAAUGAUGUUCUUAAAUCUGAGCCACCUACUUUCACUCCAGAAAAUAAUACUGCAAGUAGGUUUUUUAUUGAAUGGUGGCAAAUAUUUUGGGAUUUGUUCAAUGCUAAAACUCAUGGUAGUGGGUCAAAUCAAGCACUUCAAUAUUUUCAAAUUCUAACGCAACAAAAACGACAAGAACAUGUAUACAAAGGACUCCUAGCUCAUACUGCAAGAACACAGCAUAUGGCAGAACAAAGGGGUGAUUAUAACGAAGAUAUCAUGGAUCCGUUAAUGUUCGCCAAUUUAGUUGCCAAGACAUCGGCAGGAUUGCCUUUUUUAACUCCAAUAGAUAAACAAUUAAUAAAUAUACAUCCUAACUUCCAUCAAUAUCAAACUCAACCUAUGGCUCAACAAGAGCUUGUGCAACGGUACCCAAUGCCGCUAUCUCCGCAACAAAUGUAUUAUCACCAGGAGACACAGCAAGAAUUGAAGCAGAAAUUAGAGAAUCAGAUGCAACAACAAUCAGUAUAUGAACCUUCUGCCAAAUUAUUUUCUAAUUCUCAAUGCCAAAUGGGCAAAUCAACCUCACAGCAAUCAAAUAAAUUCCAUCCACAACAACGCCAUGGACAUCGACCAAAGGCUACAAAAUCUGAUCCUUUAAAUUCUGAUCUUAAACCAUCCAAUACGGAUUCUGAAUCUUUUAGUAUCUCAUUAUCCGAUUCAAAACUUAGAACAACUCAUACAUCUUCCAGUCAGCAACCAGAUCAUCCAUCAUUUGAAAGGAAAGUAGAUGAAAAGCCUGUAACUCAAUAUUCUCUAACUUCAAAAAGAGGCUCUGCUUUGGCUCUGGAUAAACCGAAUAAAAUAUCUCAUCAAGGUCAAUCGCUACAAAAUCAAUUUCAACAACUGAACCAGGAGCAGCAGCUUCAAAUUCAGGAACAAUUGAGCCAGAACCAACAUUCUAACCUACCAUCGUAUCUACCUGGCACUCAAACUCCACAAAUGAAAUUUAAGCAACUUCAAGAUAACAUGAACAUUCAAACUUCUCCCCAAGAUGUAUUACACAGUACUACUUCACUUGUGGGAAUCCCAUACGCAAAUGGGAUUAAUUUUCAAGUUUCCGAAUUGCCAAUGCUUAGCUAUAACCAGCCAAGCAUAUCGCAGAAUCAAGAGGUUAACAAUUCUCAAUUUUAUACAAAUCAAAGUAGCCGCGACUCACCACUUGAUUCCAAAGAUUCAAAACUUCAAACUGUCGGGGUUACAUAUUCCAAAGAUCCAGAGGAUCAAGACUCACCAGAUAGCAACCUUUCUAAACUAACCUCUAAUUCUAAUCAUCGUCCAAGUUGUGCAUCACCUCCCGAAGACACCAAGAUUUCAAACGUUUCAGUCUCAAAUACCUCUCCCACCGCAAUAGAAAAUAAUUUGCAGUUUACUAAUUCUUCAGAUUCUAGUAGGAAAAAUUCAUAUAUUGAGAAACCAAAAUUGACAAAACAGACACCUCAACAUAGACAAUCUCUCAAAAGCAAGAGAACUAUUUCUAACAAGCAGCUUGGAGCUGAAUCAUCCACGGGGAACACAUCUUCUUCUCUACCAUCUACAACUAAUACUGUAACUAGUACUAACACAGUCACUUCUUCUGAGCCAAGGGCUAAUGUUUCGUUUAAUAAUCUUCGUUCGAUUAACAAGCUGGAACGCAAUAAUUCAGAGCCUAGUACAACAGUGCACACAGUUGAUUCACAGAAACUAAAAAUAACCAAAGAUGAUAGCAGCAUAAUCACCGUAAAACCUUCCUCAUCAUAUAAUUCUAAAAAAUCUGGCCAGCUGACGUCGAAACACACAACUUUACGUCCAAAAUCUACUAAUUCUUACUUACCCCUUUCUAAUAUAUCACCACAAAUGCUUCCAUCCGGAACUUUCCCUUACCAGCAUUCUUCAGAUUGGGUGCAAACACCAUUGUCUGCUCUUCCUUCUUCAGCACCUCACGAAACAUUUCAUGAUAUGGCUCAGCGAGUAUUUUCUUCAUCUGCGCCUGCCACACCCUUGGACGGAAUUCUAUAUUCAAGUGGUAAUACACAUGUAACAAAUACAAUUGGUCCGAAAAGUACAGGGAGUUCGUUAACUACUGUUGCUGAAGGCACAUUCACAACUCCAGUUAAUGAAAUCAUAACUAUUCCUCCUCAUUCAACUAGUGAAGGCGGAAAAAGAGUCAGUAAGAAAAAGAAGAGGUCUAAGAAAACUGUUAUGGCAAAUACUUCCAUCUCUACUAUGGAAGACCUACAACAGCAAUUUCAAAAUCAGUUCAAAAGUAAAUCCAAUAAAAGUAAAAAUACCCCUUCCGCUUCAUCUUUACCCGAUAAUUUUGGGGAUUGUUUACCUUUAGAUGAUGAACAACGACAACAACAAUCCAAUUCAUUUUAUCCAACUGCAAGCGUAGUGCAAUCACUGUAUCAAAGUGGUGAUAAUAUUAAAAGCCCAUCAACUACAAAUUUUAAUGCAAAUGAAUUUAAUAGCAUUAACUUAUCAUCACAGGGCAAUGAUCCCAUUUUCACAGAGGAAUCAUAUGGUCUCCAGAAUGACCAAGGUUCUAUGUUUACUAUGCAGAAUAUUAUAAAUGAAAAUACUCAAGAAACUUCAAAAUUAAGCAAAGAACAAAACUUAGAUUCAAUAGAAUCUAAAAAAACAACAGAAAAAUUAAAUUCUGGGAGAAUGUCCAAAGAUUCAAAUAAUGCAAACUCUAAACUUGAUAAUAUAGAGACAGCACUUGGUCUGGAAUUGUUAGAUCCUAGCUCAAACGAUUUUACUUUUCUCAAUUGGCAUUAA